AUGGCAAGUCGUUUAAAGAAUCGUCCUGGGCUCCGUCUUGACUUGAAUAUGAAACCCAACUUACCACCUGUGGAUUUAUUGAAACCAUCGUCUUCUACAGGCACUUCCUCAUCUACAACCAACUGGCGCGCCGAUCUAGCAAGAAUUGUCAGCAAGAACAAAAGUAUGACGGAUAUCAGUGAUACUCCUUUGGAUCCAUCCUUUGCCAAUAACAAUACAAAACACGAUGUCUCUGAAGAGGAAGACUUGAAACCUGAAGAUUUUGAAAAUAUUCAUAAACUUGGUGAAGGUGCUGCUGGUACUGUAUGGAAAGUCAAACAUAAACCUACUGGAAAGAUUAUGGCAAAAAAGACAAUCACAGUUGACCCUGAUCCACAACUUCAACGACAAAUUUUACGAGAACUUUCUUUUCUUCGUACUUGUGGUUCUCCUCAUAUUGUUGCUUUUUAUGGUGCAUUUUUGGAUGACGGUGAUACUACUAUUGCUAUUUGUAUGGAAUAUUGUGAAGGUGGAAGUUUGGAAGAUAUCUAUAAAAGGGCAAAAGCGAUGCAAGCCGUCAUUGGUGAAACGAUCCUGGCAAAAUUAGCUGAAGCGGUAUGUUUGGGUUUGAUUCAUUUACAUUCUCAUAACGUCAUCCAUAGAGAUAUUAAACCUUCAAAUAUUUUGAUGACAAGACAAGGUGAAUUUAAGUUAUGUGAUUUGGGUGUUUCUGGAGAAUUGAUCAAUUCAAUGGCAGUAACAUUUACUGGUACUCAAUAUUAUAUGGCUCCUGAACGUAUCAAAGGUGGAACUUACUCUGUACGAUCUGAUAUUUGGUCUUUGGGAUUAUCCAUCAUUGAAGUGGCUCAAAAUCAACCAGCAUUACCUCCUCCUGAUAAUCCACACCUUUCCAUCUUUGAACUUUUGGACUUUAUUGUACAUCAACCCAUGCCUAACCUUGGUCCUGAUCGAUCAGCUGAAUGUCGAGAUUUCAUUGCCCAAUGUUUGAUCAAGGAACCUUCGGAUCGACCAGGACCAGAUAUCAUGUUACAACAUCCUUUUAUCAAGAAUUGGGCUCAUUUGACAGAUGAUAUUACUCCUUGGCUCAACCAGGUAUGGGGAUGGUCGUAGAUUUAUACAACAUAUACCUAGUUUAUUCCAAUCUCUCGAUUCUUUCUUAUAUAUUUACAUACCCUUUGUGUUUAUACUAUAUAAACUGAUCUUUUUUUUUUUUAUCUUGGAUUCAUCAAUAAACUCAUAUCAAAAAAGUGAUUCUUACAAAAGAUAAGAGUCAGGUUUUGGAUAAAAUUUUCUAUUUGCAGAACACAGCG